AAAUGAAUUUGAGAAUUCCUCCAGUCAAGUACUGUUAUUUAUUAUAAAGUCAGCUGACAAGUGCCUUUUCAUUAGCAUGUCUAUAAUACUUUUGUGUAUACCAGCUUUUACCUUCUCUGAAUGAUUUCACAUUUUCUGUCCUGUGAUUGAGUGAUAUGAUAGUAUUCCAAAGAAUCCAAAGACCAUAUUUUUAGUGGGUCUUAUUUCUGCCAGAUAUUGCAUUUCUACAAAAUAAAGAGGGAAUGAUUGUGUUAUCAUAGAUUUAAAUCUAUGGUGUUAUUGUAUUUAAAUCAAUAAUUGAAAAUGGGCAUAAAAGGUUUAACAACAUUUGUGAGGAACAAAUCUCAAUAUUGUAUGGAAUCUUAUGAAUUGCAUGACACAAAUUUGGUGAUAGAUGGUGAUGCUGUACUUUGCCAACUGUACUUGAAACAUACACUUCACAGAAAUGCAUGUUUUGGUGGUGAUUAUGACAAAUUUGGCAAUACCAUUUACAAGUUUUUCCAGAUGCUCUCUGAAUGUAAGAUAACCCCUUAUGUGAUUCUUGAUGGAGGCUAUGAAAGCCGUAAAAUGGAUACAAUAUUAGAACGUUUCAAGAUGCGACUCCAAAAUGUUGAGAUUUUGAACCCACGAACACAAGGGAAAAGUCCUUCCACUCCAUUAUUCAUCAGAGAAACUUUUGAAGACAUUGCUUUAAAACUAGGAAUAAAAUUAGUGAGAUGUGAUUUUGAAGGUGAUAGAGAAACUGCAAGUAUUGCAAAAGCUAUAAACUGUCCUGUGAUGAGCAAUGAUUCAGAUUUUUUCAUAUUUGGUAUUCCCUAUAUUCCAUUUCUAAGCUUGAAAAUGAAUGUAGUCAGUGGUGGACCAUUCAAAUACAUUGAGUGUGAAAUUUUCAGUGCAGAUAAAUUUGUUGAAUGCAUUGGAGGUCUGGAUAGAGAAAGUCUACCACUACUGUCUACCAUAAUUGGAAAUGAUUUCAGUAAUGGGGUUGAUUUAUCAAAACUGGGAUUGAAUGAAGACAACUCCAAUGGAUCUGGAAUGCUUCACAGAAUUGAGGUUUUGAUUUCCUGGCUGCAAAGAGAAAGUCACACCAGUGCAAUGGAUAAAAUCCUGAAAGCUUAUGAAGAACCUGAAAGGGAACAUAUCAGAAAAGAAAUGGAAAAUGCUGUCAAUGGAUAUACUUUAGUGGAUAGUCAGUACUUGAAAUAUCUAAGAGAAGAUUUAGUGAAGACCUUGGAUAUCACUUCUAAUUUGAAAAACCAGGAUGACUUUGAAUACAAUACUUAUGAAAAGCUUGUACCUGCUUUUCCCAAAGCAUUCAUAGAAAAUUUCAGAAAAUCCUUAUACCCCACCCGCUUUCUUGAUAUUCUCACACAAAAUAAAUAUUACAAUUUCAAACCACAGAUAGAAAUUAGUAAUAUGGAUCACACACACACAGGGAGCUUGGACAUCAUGUCAGCUGUACACAAAAUACUAACAAGCUCAUCCAAUAAUUUGGUUUGUUUAGUUAGAAUCAAAAAAGAUGUUGGAGAAAUAAUUGUGCCAGCAUGUGACCUAGAUAUACCAAGUUUUGCAGACAUCCAAGAUAUGGAUUUGCAAACAAGGAAGAAGCUGCUCCUGAAAAUUCUUGACAUAGAUGCUUCUUUUGUAAUGGAUGAUUUGAAAUAUUACCCUAAAUCUUGGUAUCUUUUCAUGUUCACUCUUACAUAUAUGAUCAAGAGAUCUUCUAUAUCUUGGCCUUUGGUGUAUUCUGCCAUUAUUUGCAAAAUUGCUAUAAGUUAUCUGGAUCCACAAAUAGGAUUUUUUCGCACAAUUACUGACUUUGAUAAGCAGUUUUAUCAACAAAUCAGUCAUAAGUUAGACAACUAUAGAAGGAGGACUAGACCAUUGAAAAAUAGACUGCAAGAAGCUUUCAGUGAUAUUACUUAUGAUGAUGCAUUACUUGCUAUGAGUCAACUUAUUCCCUACUUUGAAAUGGAUCCUCAACUUUAUAAUAAUCAGUCAUUCCAAAGACUUAUUGUUCAUCACAUGGGAGAGUUUCAGAGUGUCCUUUUACAUGUGAAAUGUUUAAAUCAGUUGUUGAAUAUGCCAUUUGAAGAUUUUCUCAUUUCAGAUUGUUUCAAUGGCACUUUCAUUUACAAUUUCACAAAAGGUUUGAGAGAACAGUAUGACCUGGAUGAUUAUAUGAAAUAUGGUUUAAGACAUUCUCCUAUUGUGUGCAAUUGUUUUGAAUUAGUUGUUGAUACACUUAAAAAGAAUACCAGUGUGCAUUUGGAGAAGAGAAGGAAAUUUUGAAUGACAGACUUAAAUGAGGUACAAUGAAUGGUUGCUGAUAUGUUAACUUGAAAAACUAUGCUACACAAAUUUACAGAUGAUAGAGCAUAGUUUGAUAGUUAUAUCAUACCUAUAGUGGGUAAUGAUUACUAAUAUUGAAAAAUAUUCCUAUUAAAAGUUCCC